AUGAGGGAGGACUAUAUACGAUAUACAAUAGAAAAUCUGGAAAACACCAAUAACUAUCACGUCAACAUAAUCGAACAGACCACAGAGUCGACAAGACGUGACCAGGAAACAAUUUCACAGUUAAACAAAGAUAUUGACAACCUUCGAACCCAGCAGAGAGAUACAGAGGCUGCGCUAAAAGAGAUCACUGCGCAGCGUGAUCAAGAACGAGAGGUUUUACUUGAGGUUAGAAAAGCCUUAGACCGAGAAGUCAAAUGGAGAGAAAAGAGUCUGAAUCAUACUUGCUGGGCGUGUAGUGAUGAAUUGGAGGAGCUGCGAAUGCAGAGGAACUCUAUGCAGAAUACUAUUGAUGAGGCAGUUGAUAAUCGAAAUCAGCUCCAGAAAAGUCAGGCACAGGUCAAGCACCUUGAGGAAGUGGUUUCUGCUCUAAAAUUGACUGCACAGCAACGGGACGAUAUUACAAACUUGAACGAAGGGAGGGGAGGCAGUUUAUUAGCCAUGGAUUUAGCAACUUAG